AUACACAGCAGGAACUGAGAGAUGAUCAUGUGUCAGUUCUAGAAGCUGCCUGCUUUCUGUCUGCCACGAUGCUGGCACUAUUAUUAAUGCUUUUCUCUUUAAAUGGGUGUUUGUUGGCCAAAGAAGCUCCCGAUGUGGACUGUUUGGUGGUGAAUUUGAAAUAUGUGUCCUGUUCUUGGAAAAAGACUACAGAUGGCAAUUAUACCUUUACCAGCUGGUUUAAAGGAGAUACCGUGCUUGAAUGUGCAGAGUACUUGCCAGGAAACAGCACACACACUGGCUGUAACCGACCAUACAGGGAAACACAGAGAUUUGAUCCGUUCUAUACUGUGUUAAAAAACGGCAAUGAUAGCUCUCAAGCUCUCAAGCAAGAACAUCAACUUCAGACGAAAGUCAAGUUAAACCCACCAACCAAUGUCACGGUCAAAUAUGGAUCCGACCAAAACCUGUGGUUCUACUGGAACCAGACUUACAAAAACUGUAUGGAGAGUGAGGUCCGCCACAGAAAAAAACAAAUGAAGUGGGAGCACUCCAAGGUUUUCAGGGACCAGUCUUAUUGUAUCAACCUGCCGGCAAGCAACUCCAGAUAUGAGUUGCAGGUGAGGAUCAAACUGGAUAACGCAUGUGGAGGCGGCCCUGACUACUGGAGUGAAUGGAGUGAGCCCGCCAUCUGGGGCUCUAACAACAGCACGGACUCAAAUGUUAUGGGUGGCUCAAUGUCUGUGUGGUCAGUCAUCUGGUCAGUGAUGGGGGCUGUUGUUCUUAUUCUACUGGUCAUGAUGUUGCUGCACCACGAAAGGCUCAGAGUCAUCCUCAUCCCUGUGGUUCCUAAGCCGUCUCUGGUCACCCAUGAUAUUGAGGACUGGUUUCAGUUUUCCAAAAACCUUAAAGAGGGCUUUAAAGCGAACUACAAUGAGCGGGCCUGCCCGGUGCGUGAGUACAUCUAUGUGUCCCAGUCUGACAGUGACAGCGUUGACAGCGUUGACAGCGUGAGCCUCUCAGUCAGUACCGAUCAGACCGACUGCUCCGUCUUCAUGGCUGUGGAUGAACCAAAGGACUCAUCAAACCCCCUGUCCUCCUCCACCAUCUCAUCUGAAGAGAAGCCAUAGGUUUCUGUUCAAAAUUUGAAAGCAAUCAAGGUUGAUUUUAGUAAUCCCCUAAAAAGGCUGACAUGGGUGUAAAAAUACAGGUUUAAUGCAAUAAUGAAAAGAUUGCUGGAUGAUUUAUGGGCAAAAUAAAAGACCGGCAAUUUCAAAAAGGAGACCAGUCAUCAUUUCACAGUUAAUCCAGUUUGUUUUAAAUGGCCGAUGUUAUUCACUUGUGUUGGCCACAUGGCCGAAAUGCACACUGCUGCAGUGCCCGCAUGUAUUUUAACCUUAACCAUAACCCUAACCCCGCCCUAAUUCCGUGCGAAUAGUCACUUCCUUUAAAAUUUCGUGUUCAAGGAUUUAAAAUAUAUAUAUAUAUAUAUAUAUAUAUAUAGUCUUUAAAAACACAAAUGACAAAUCAAUGGCAUAUUUCUUUAUUGAUCAGGCAUAUUUUUUGAUUAAAAAAACGACAAAAGAAAAACAUCUAAUUGAAACUCAAUUUUUUACUUUACUUGAAAAAUAGCAAAUAAUCAGUGUCAGGUUUGUAUUUGUACUUUUAUUUUGUAAUUUUUCUGUUUUAUAAAUGUGUGGAAGUCUUACAUUGCAAUAUAUCCGCAGGUAAAACGUGACAGAUUUUAAUACCACCGUCCUAAAAGAGCAGUGUCUGAUCCUCAAGCUUUUAUGCAGUUCGGAUGGAAUAGUGGAGGGAAGUUAAGUCAAAUGUGCCAAAUAAAAGCUUUUACUCUCUAUAGCUGCAGUUAAACAUAAAAAAAGCAAUGCCCUCUUUAUUAUUAUGAAUGCGCCCUAGAUAAUGUUUAUCUUUUUUUACAGUCGUCAAUAUAAAAAAAAAUCUCUUCUUUUGGAUGAAAAAUAACUAUUUUACAUGUAUUAAAUCUGUUUUUUCAUGUAAGUAUUUUUCUAGUAAAAUAUCUUUACAAUUUAUAUGAAUGUCAUUAUGUUUCUAAUUCAGUCUUCUAUGUAAACUAUGAGUAUCAAUAUUACAAUAUUUCGCUGACAAUUUAGUUGAAAUUGAUAUGCAAGUUACGCGGUUUUAACGAGAAUGUGUCAACCAAACAUGUUAAAGUUUAUCAUCAUGUCAGCUUUAAGCAAACAGGGAAUGAAUGUAAGUAAUCAAUGGGCAAAAGUCGAAUGUGUAAUGUAGAUUUACUUCAUCUUGUAUCAUUGUUUGAGGUUUUUCAUGUUGAAAAUUUAACAUAAUUGCUCUGAAAAAUACUUGUCUUACCUUUAUUUUAAAAUGACUAAGUUCAUUACUAAUCACACACGUAAACAUACAGUAUAUGCCAUUAAAAUGUUGCUUUUUAUUUGUAUGAUUGCCUUUCAUUUUGGUUUUUAAUAAAAAUGUUUAUCAGCUA